AUGCCGUCAAGAAACUCCACUGUUCCCAAUUUAGAUCUCAGUACUUCCACCUUGCAGGCGAAUGCGAAGAUCUCAUCCCCACUAACGCCCGGCGCCCAAAGCUCGGAUGGGCCGAGUCCCCUGACACCCCGUUCUCCUAAAUCGUCGUCUAGUUCACCUUUCUUCAAAGGGGCUACAAUUCGCCCUGUCACUCAAGAGUCAAACAGCAAGUCAAACAGCCCUACUCUUCCAGUUUCUCCUAGUCUUGCCGCCGAACCUCCUACCCCGGGAUUCACGGCCAUCCCGCAGUACCCACCUUCUCCUAAAGAUACCCCCAAACACAACCGUGACCCCUCUCGAUCUUUUUUCGCAAAUCUCAAGGCCCCCAAGUCUUCGCACAAAGCCCAGCGAUCGGACGGCUCGGAAUCUGGUGAAAAACCCAAGAGUCGUGGCAGCUCCAGGGACCGCAAGACUCAGAUUUCGUCCAAGCUGUACGAAUCAACGCCAGACCUUCCUGGCGCCAUCGAACGCGCGGCACAAGAGGAGAAUAACGGAAACCCCGAAGACAAGCAUUCGCAACCAACAGAGAUUAAGAAAGUCGGCACGGAGACCGAGGCUUCUCAGACUCUCAAGAAGAAUAAGCCGCGAUUUGCCAAUCUCCUCUCCCGCUCUCGCUCAAUCAGGGUCGACGACUCUUCGAUAAACAGAAUAGCAAAUCGCCGUCCGUCUACCAGCCUCAUGAGACUCGAGGAGAGUGGUCGGCGGGAAAUGCAAGAAUCCCAAAAGGCGCCGGCACGCCAGGAGCGUGGAACGAAGAAUACGGCGAACGCAACAGUUCGUAGUCAUGUCGCCGAUCGCCCCGUCGAAAAUAGCGGCGGUCCCGUAAGGAAGGACAAAUACCACGGCGGGGCAAUGGUCCCGUCCGCUUCGCUAAGUCAAGUUUCUGGCGCCUCUGCUGCGCUUUUCAACAACAUUAAACAAUCCUCAAGCGGCGCCGCCGAUCGCAUCGGCAAGGCGGGCAAAGGAUUCUUCGGGAAAAUCACCAGGAGUGGAAGCACGAAUGAGCGGGAACUCAUCAAUGACGACAACUAUGUCUGCUCCGUGAUUAACCUGCCUCUUAUAGAGCAAGCACGGCGAUCCCGCAUCGCAAAGCGACUGGAGGAUUGCAAAGACAAGACUGAGUUUUGGAUGCCAGCCUUGCCGUACCGCUGUAUAGAUUACCUGAACUUCAAGGGCUGUGAAGAGGAAGGACUCUAUCGCGUCCCGGGGAGUGGCAAAGAAGUGAAACAUUGGCAACGGCGAUUCGAUACUGAACUUGACAUCAACUUGUUUGAUGUGCCGGAUCUGUACGACAUUAACACGAUUGGAUCUAUGUUCAAAGCCUGGCUUCGUGAAUUACCGGACGAACUUUUCCCCAAGGAAACCCAAGCCAUGAUUGCCGAGAAAUGCGAGGGGGCAACAACGGCCCCCCAGAUGUUGAAAGACGAACUCUCCAAAUUGCCGCCAUAUCACUAUUACCUUCUCUUCGCCAUAACGUGUCACCUAAACCUCUUACACUCAUACGUUGAUCAGAACAAAAUGGACUACCGCAAUCUCUGCAUCUGCUUCCAGCCUUGCAUGAAAAUCGAUGCGUUUUGCUUCCAUUUCCUUGUUUGCGACUGGAAGAAUUGUUGGCAGGGCUGUUGGACCGAGAAGGAGUUCCUCCAGAUCGAAAAGGAGAUGGACGAAAAAGAGAAAUUCCCACAGGCGAAGGAAGAAUUCACCCCAGUUCCUCAGCAGGCAUCCUCUGUCGACGAAAGGGCUAUCUCUUCUUCUGGCAGUAGUCAGCCUGCCGUUGAAGAGGAACCGCCCCGGCCCCAGACAGCGAGAGUCCACAAAUCAAGACCCAAGAACAUCGAAACAGCUCACCACGGUAGGAGUGCUUCUCAGCUUCCUGAACUUGGACCACCGCUUUCUCCGAUACAAAUUUGA